AUGAUUUUACAAUGUGCCAUUAAAAACUGCAAAUGGUCCUUGCGUGCUUCUUUUUCUAUUCAUGGGGAUAGGUCAAUAUGGGUUCUUACUAGGUUUGAUUCAGAACAUACAUGUUCAGUAGAUGUUCCAUUAACGGAUCAUAGACAAGCCACAUUUACUGUUAUCAAGAACCUAAUUAAGAACAAAAAAAUUUUAGCUGGUUCUGAAUUGUCAACUCUCAAAGAUAUAGUUCAUUUCAUUCGUGUUGAACAUGGUUUAAGCAUAUCUUACCAAAAAACAUGGCGUGCUCGUGAGGCUGCGUUGGAUGAUAUUCGCGGAUCUCCUAAGAACUCCUACAAGAUGUUACCCAGAUUUGCAUACAUAUUGGAACUCAACAACCCAGGUUCUGUUAUUGAAUACAAAGUUGAUGUCGAUGGUAGAUUUCUUUACUUCUUCAUGAUCUUUCCACUAGCUUUUUGUGUUGUGGAUUCUGAGAACGAUUCAUCAUGGACUUGGUUUUGCAACCAGUUAAAAAGAAUUAGAGGUGGGCGGAAUGAUGUUGUCAUAGUAUCUGAUAGGCAUAGAAGUAUAUGCAAAGCUAUAGAGGUAGUAUUUUCCAACGUUUUACAUUGCAUCUGCCUUGUUCAUUUACUUCGGAACCUCAAGUUGAAGUAUAAGAGAAUAGUAGAUACCGUUUUUCAUUCAUGUAGGAAAGCAUUUAAUAUUGUAGAAUUCAAACAUGAAAUGCAUUUUUUGGAAUCUUUUGUCCCUGGUAUACGUGAGGAGCUUGAAUCCAUUGGUUUUGCUAAGUGGUCUCGUGCCUACUCGCCACGUAGGAGAUAUAAUGUCAUGACCUAUAUAUCCGAGAGUUUGAAUUUUGCUAUGUUGAUGGCUAGGGAGUUACCAAUAUGUUCAAUGCUUGAGGUUUUGCGAAUGAUAUUGCAAAGAUGGUUUUUUGAACGAAGAAAUGAAGUUGAUUAUCAAGUUACUGAUUUUAUGAAAACUAUUGAAGGUAUAUUAAGGGAAUAG